GAGGAGUCUACUUAUACUCGCUAGGAGAUAGAUAUGAUGGUCUUUGGGAACGAGGACUCAAAUGGGGUAGAGGAAUUGUGGAGUUUGCAUCUGGAGCGAGAUAUGAGGGUUAGUUUGCAAGUGACAAAGCCACUGGUUAGGGAACUAUGAUAUAUGUUAACAAUGACAAAUACGAAGGGCAAUGGAAUGACGGAUUAAAACAUGGCUAUGGAGUUUAUACUAUGGCUGAUGGAUCCAGAUACGAGGGAAAUUGGAUGAAUGAUGAAAGAGAAGGGCAAGGUCUUUUCCUCUAUGCAUCAGGCGAUAAAUAUGAAGGCAUGUAUAGUAAAAAUGUGAAGAGUGGAUAUGGAGUUUAUAUCGCUUCGAACGGAGAUAGAUAUGAAGGAGAAUGGGCCAAUGAUAAAAGGCAAGGGAAUGGCACACUCUAUAUGGCCAACGGGGAUAAGUACAUUGGAGAAUGGAAAGAAGGUGAGAAAUCUGGUAAAGGUAUUUACUAUUUUGGGCAUGGUGAUACUUAUGAUGGUAAUAAAUCAACAACUAAAUUCUAGGUUACUGGUUGGGUGGUAUGAGACAUGGGUUUGGUAAGUAUUCUUGGAGCAUAGGCGAUUAUUAUGAGGGAGAAUGGAGGUUUGAUAAAAUGAAUGGUAAGGGGAAAUUUAAAGGAGCUGAUGGUUCAGAAUAUGUUGGGGAGUUUUCAAAUGACAAUAAAGUAAAUUGA